UAAAUACAGAGGGAGUAUGACUUACAACACCAAAAAAAACCAAAAACUAAAAAUUGACCGUGCACUGAUAAUGAUACAUUGAUACUGAAUGAGAAAUUUUGUAAGGGUCUUACGUAACUUUACAACCCACCUUUCAAUACCAAUGAUGUCUUGGCCUAGUGGUUAAGACUGAAGGCCUGUGUACUAUAGGUCUCAGGUUCGAAUCACCCGCCCCCCAUUUGUAAUUUAUAUUGACCUUGUGGCUCAUUUACACCAAAAAAUAACCCACCUUUGAAUAUUUAUUUUCUAGAGCCUUAUUUAACAGUUUGUAAAGGCCAAUAUCUUUCUCACAAAAGCUGAUUUGUUAGCUUUACACUCCAUUAUCUAGGUUCAUUCCUCAGGUCAAUGGCAGAGUCCGGCAGCAAUGCCAUCCGGUUCGGCAUCCUCGGUUGCGCAGAAAUAUCCCGCAAAGUUGCCCGUGCAAUCAGUCUCUCACCUAACUCCACCCUCCAUGCCAUUGGCAGCCGCUCCCUCGAAAAAGCCCAAACUUUCGCUACCACCAACAGCUUCGACCCUUCCACUAAGGUUUAUGGAAGCUACGACGAGGUUAUCGACGAUCCGGAAGUCGACGCUGUUUACGUGCCUUUACCCACAAGUCUCCACUUGCAAUGGGUGGUCCGUGCGGCAGAGAAAAAGAAGCAUGUCAUCGUUGAGAAACCACCUGCAUUGGAUGUUAAGGAGUUGGAUGUCAUGUUGAAUGCUUGCAAGGCUAACGGAGUUCAGUAUAUGGAUGGUACAAUGUGGAUGCAUCACCCAAGGACUAAGAUUAUGACUGAUUUUUUAGCUGAUUCUCAGCGUUUUGGCCACCUCAAGGCUGUACACGCAAUAUUCACUUUUCUUGCUGACGAUUACUUCCUUAAAAAUGACAUCAGAGUGAAACCUGAUCUUGACGCGCUUGGUGCUCUGGGUGACGUGGGGUGGUACUGCAUCAGAGCGAUUCUGUGGGCUGCAAAUUACGAACUGCCAAAAUUUGUGACUGCUUUAAGGAAUCCAAUUAGAAACGAUGAUGGGGUGUUAUUGUCCUGUGACGCUGCAUUGCAUUGGGAAGAUGGAAAAAUAGCCACUUUCCACUGCUCUUUUCUCUCCCACUUAACCAUGGAUAUAACAGUUAUUGGUACCAAUGGAACCUUACAUGUCAAUGAUUUUCUUAUUCCAUAUAAAGCAUCAGAGGUGUCGUUUAAAACAGCCUCGAAAUGUUGGUUCACUGACAAGGCCUUGGAAUGGACGCACAAAUCAAGUGAGCAGGUUGUAAGUACGGAUCUCCCUCAGGAAGUUCUUAUGGUAAAGGAGUUUUCAGGUUUAGUUGAUGGUAUAAAAUUCCGCGAUUUAGCACCAGAAAUGAAGUGGCCUACUAUUAGUAGGAAAACUCAACUUGUUAUUGAUGCUGUCAAGGUUUCCAUUGAUAAGGGACUUCAGGCAGUUGAGGUGGUUUAUUGAUUUCCCUUGAAAUGUCAAAGUGUAGUGCUUGUUAUUCUUCUGUUGGGAACUUUUGGCAAUAAGCUAGGUCUUAUAGCUUGUUUUUAGGGUGUUAAAUCAUUCAUAUUUGUAUUAGUCAGUUAUUUUCGCAUUCAACUGUUCUAGUGUACUCAUAUACUUGUGUUGUAUUUCAGAUCGAGUUUGUGAUCCUUAUUAAGAUUCCAAUGUUGGCUCUAUUA